UUAGGCGUUUCCGGGGGACUGAAUUCAUCGAAACGCAUCACCGACAGGCACUCGAUUAGCAUCUCGCAUGAAUGGAGGGAUAUUUUAACGUCAUGGCCUCAAUUUAGAAAAUGGAAACUGUGUGCAAAGAUUGUGUUUUUACUUUGUACGUAACACUUUAACUUUGCCAAAGUUAUCUCGUCGUUUGGAUUUAAAACGUGUAUCCGUUUGUUGUUGAGCGGAAGCUAAGUAGCCUUUAGCAGGGGUGCCAGCGAGGCUUCGUAAAAGGACCGAGCCAACAGGAUUGCAGCAAAAAAUAUUACCUGCCAAGAUGCUGGAAACCAUACUUAAUCUUCCGGUGGAAAAACAGAUAUUUUAUGCUGUUUUGGCUUUUUCGUGGACAGUGUAUCUGUGGGAGGCCUACCUUUCUUACAGACAGAGGAGAACAUAUAGAUCAACGACACAUGUACCUCAGGAACUUGGAAAGAUCAUGGAUUCUGAAACCUUUGAGAAGUCACGUCUUUAUCAGCUCGAUAAAAGCAACUUCAGCUUUUGGUCUGGACUUUAUUCGGAGACGGAAGGAACGCUGAUCCUGCUGCUGGGUGGAAUCCCAUUUCUGUGGGACAUCGCUGGGUCUCUAGCAGCUCGUUUUGGAUUCACCCCGGAGCACGAGAUAACCCAGUCCCUGGUCUUUCUCACACUUGCCACGCUGUUUAGUGCCUUGACUGGACUUCCUUGGAGUCUGUAUAACACAUUUGUAAUUGAGGAAAAGCAUGGCUUUAACCAGCAGACUUUGGGAUUCUUCUUCAAAGAUGCCGUGAAGAAGUUUGUUGUGACCCAAUGCAUCCUGCUACCUGUGACCUCACUGCUAUUGUACAUUAUAAAAAUAGGCGGAGACUACUUCUUCAUUUAUGCUUGGCUUUUUACUCUUGCUGUAUCUCUGGUACUGGUGACCAUCUAUGCUGAUUACAUUGCUCCUCUGUUUGACAAGUUCACCCCAUUGCCAGAGGGAGAGCUAAAGACUGCAAUUGAAGAUAUGGCUAAAAGUAUCAGCUUCCCUCUGACAAAGAUUUAUGUAGUUGAAGGUUCCAAACGUUCGUCCCACAGCAAUGCUUACUUCUACGGGUUUUUUAAAAAUAAACGCAUCGUGCUGUUUGACACUCUGCUGGAAGACUACUCCCCUCUCAACAAAGCUGGAGAGUCGCAGCCCGAGGAAACGGAGAACGACGAGACUGUGAGCGAGUCCAAAACUAAGCCCAAGAACAAGAAGCAAGGAUGCAACAACCAAGAGAUCCUUGCUGUUUUGGGUCAUGAGCUUGGCCACUGGAAACUUGGUCACACCGUCAAGAAUAUUGUCAUCAGUCAGAUGAAUUCCUUCUUGUGUUUUUCUCUGUUUGCUGUGCUAAUCGGACGCAAGGAAUUGUUUGUAGCUUUUGGAUUCACCAACACCCAGCCCACUUUAAUUGGCUUGAUGAUUAUCUUCCAGUUCAUCUUUUCUCCGUACAAUGAGCUGCUGUCUUUCUGUCUAACAGUGCUGAGUCGUAGGUUUGAGUUCCAGGCAGAUGCUUUUGCGCGCAGUAUGGGUAAGGCUUCACAGCUCUACUCUGCCCUCAUCAAGCUCAACAAGGACAACCUGGGCUUCCCAGUUGCAGACUGGUUGUUCUCCAUGUGGCACUACUCUCACCCUCCUCUCCUGGAGCGCCUUAGAGCCCUGGGCAGUGUUAAGCAGGACUGACGGGGCUGGAAGGAGGAGCAGCGACCUCUGCCUCCUCCAAAGGGCUUUCGCAGACCUCUCCUGGCCCUGUGAUGCAUCUGGAUGUCCUUCCCAUCAGCCCCAACUUGUUUUAACUUAUUUUAGUCUUUUCUGGACAUAUUUUCCAUUAGUUUGUUUUGAACUUUUAUUUCACACAAAACCAAAAUAUUGGCCUGAUAAACUAAUUUCUUGUUAAAGCUUUUGCUCUUAUUUUCUCUGAAAUCUCCCAUGCACUUGUUAGCAAUUCAUCUGGACAAUAAUUGUUAAAAAAAAAAAGGAGGUAUUGUCAGAGUAUGGAUGGAUUUACCAGCUAGAACUGAUAUUUUUCUUUUUGAAGAAAUUUGGCUUUUUCAAUUGACAACUUAAUUCAGAGACAAAGGAAAAAUUAAAUGUUUUAGAGUGGGAUGCCGAAAUGAUGGCCAUUAUCUUUUAAUAGAAGAUUUUUUUUUUAAAUAAACGCACAGGUCGGUUUUGUUUUUUCCCAAAUGCGCAACCCUUCUUGGACAGUUUUUUUUUCUGGCAAGCUCUGUAGAGAUUUUCUACGAAAAGGCCUUUUUCUCAAAUUCCGUAUUUUGUUUGAGGAGAUGUGCAGAGGCUUGGUCACCUUUUAGGCCUUUUAGGUUUCUAGUUUUAAUUGUAAAUAAAGCAGUGCAAAGACUCUGAUUCAAAGUUAGAAUUGAGAUUUUCAUUUUAUGCAAAAAGAGUGGAUGUUUUACUUUUUCUGUAGCACUUGCUUUCCACCAAGGGUCCAAUUUCAACUGUAAAUAUGUAACUAUUGGUUAGUGAUGGGGAUAAUUGUAAAGAAGAAAAGGGGGUUGAAUUUGGUUUAAACAAUUAAGUUAAUUCAAAGCUUAGUUUCUUUUCUUGAUUGUGGCCCAUCCUUGGCUGAUGAGCAAAGGGGACUUUGGGAAGGUUUCAACGCAUGAGCCAGACGUUUGGUUUGUUUGCUGUCUUUGAUGUGUUUAAAUAAAGUUAUUGAAAGCACA